GACUAGAGCCACACAACAGAAAGUGCCAAGAAGUUGCCAGCCGAAAGAUGCAAAAAGCUCUUACUCUAUUGUGGACUUGAAACAAUGGGGAGUUGACUUGACUUCGGUGUAUGCCCGAUUUGCCGUUCGUAUCGUCAGAAUUGCUGCUGCAGUAGCAUGCCAACUGAUGAAGAUGUCCUCCUCCUCCUCAAAAUGUGGCAAGUACGACGUGUUCUUGAGCUUCAGAGGCGACACACGCAGGAACUUGACGGACCACCUCGCCUGCACAUUGAAAGGCCAUGGAUUGAACGUCUUUCUCGACGAGAACGAAUUGACCAGAGGCGAACCUAUCACACCAGCACUGAAGCAAGCAAUCAAAGACUCUAGGCUUGCUGCUAUCAUCUUCUCAAGGGGGUAUGCUGAGUCGAGAUGGUGUCUUGAGGAGCUGGUGGAGAUCUUGGCCCGCAAAGAAACAAUGGGGCUAAUGGUUUUGCCAAUUUUCUAUGAUAUCGAUCCUACCGAUGUCAGGCACCAGACGCAAGAUUUUGAGGAAGCAUUUCGGAGACAUGAACAGAGCUUCCCUUCCAAGGUGCCGACCUGGAAAGAUGCUCUUACUGCAGCUGCAGAGUUGGCCGGCGAGAGUUUUAGUACAACUGCCGGGUAUGAAGGAAGGUUUGUCGAGCAAAUUGUUGAUGAGAUCGCUAGAAAACUGAAGAACACAUACAUGACCGUAGCCCCAAACCCAGUUGGGAUAGAUUCUCGGGUGCAAGAAAUUGAUAAAUAUUUGGCCGAUGGAGGAUCAGAUGAUGUCCGCAUAAUUGGAAUUUGGGGUAUGGGUGGACUGGGUAAAACGACGGUUGCCAAAGCCAUUUUCAACAAAUAUCACGAUAAGUUUGUAUGUAAAAGUUUUCUUGCUAAUGUGAGAGAAAAGGAACUGGUCAAUUCCCAAAACAUGCUUCUUUAUGAUGUGUUGAGAUUAAGAAACUUAAAGGUUAGUAAAGUUGAUGAAGGGACCAAGGAGAUAGAAGGAAGACUUAAGAAUCUAAGGGUACUUGUCAUAGUUGAUGAUGUAGACAGCCGGAAACAGUUAGAAGCAUUAGCUAUAAAACACGACUCAUUUGGCCCAGGUAGUAGAAUUAUUGUAACCACAAGAGAUAAACAUUUGCUAAAGAUAAUAAAAGUGGAUAGGAGGUGUGACCUACCAGCAAUGAAUGAAGAAGAAGCUCUUGAGCUCCUUAGUUGGCGUGCCUUUACUAUGAAUUGUCCUAUGGAAGGGUAUUUUCAACUCGCAAGAGAAGUUGUUGAUUACUGUCAAGGUUUGCCACUAGCCCUUGAAGUUUUAGGUUCUUAUCUAUUCGGAAGAAGCACAAGUGAGUGGAAAAGUGCAUUGGGAAGUUUGAAAAGAUCACGGCCUUAUUCGGAAAUUCACAAAAAUCUUAAGAUAGGCUAUGAUGGGUUAACUGAUGAUGAUGUGAAGGCUAUAUUCCUUGAUAUAUCGUGUUUCUUUAUUGGAGCGAACAAGGAUUAUGUCAUGAAAAUACUGGAUCGAUAUGAUCAUGAUACAAAAAUAAAAAUUGGAGUACUCCAGGAUCAAUGCCUUGUAACUGUUGAUAAAGAAGGCAAUCUGAUGAUGCAUGGUUUGAUUCGGGACACUGGCAGAGAAAUUGUACGUGCAAAAUCUCCAAACAUCCUUGGAAAACGUUGCAGAUUGUGGGAUCAUGAAGAUGUGAAACACGUACUGACCACCAAAUCUGGAACGGCAAAAAUUGAGGGACUCGCUUUAGAUUUGUCAGAUCGUCACAAGCCUAGCUUCAGCACAGAGGCAUUUAGAGGGAUGCAGGGACUGAGAUUACUCAAACUCAAAGGUGUAAAGUUCACUGGAUACUGCGAACACCUCUCCAAAGAGUUAAGAUGGUUGUGUUGGACUGACUUUCCUGUGGAGGUCAUACCUGGAGAUUUCAAUCAAACAAACCUAGUUGAUAUCGACCUGAUACAAGUUCGGGAGGACUCCGACAUGUCACCUGAGAAGUUGAAGUUUCUUAAUCUCGGUUACUGCAAUGACCUGACCAGUUUACCCGACUUCUCAAAAAUCCCAAAUCUUGAGAGAUUGAUACUCAAAGGUUGCAAAAAGCUUCAGGAAAUUCAAGCUUCACCAACAAAUUUAAAAAUGCUAGAAGCGGAUGAGUGCAUUGCAUUGAGGAAAAGGUCCGACUUUCAGGAAAUGUCAUGGAUGAGAGAAUUGCAUCUGAAAGGGUGCACCAGUCUCACUGCUGAUAUUAAGGAAGCAAUCCUAAAGGGAUGGAGUGCGAGCGGAAUUGGUGGCCUUUUUCUCCCUGGAAAUGAAAUUCCAUCAUGGUUUACUCUUGUCGAUCCUCAGGGUGAAAUAGUUGUGCCCCAAAGUUUUGGCUGUGAUUUAAAAGCACUGACUGUGUGCAUCAUUUAUUCUUCAGACGACUCCCAAUCUGGUGGCUCUCUUCGCUCUCUUCGCAUUCAUGUUGCAAAUUGUACCCAGAACACUGAAUAUCUCAUCUCUCCAAAGCGUGCCACUGUAGUAAUAACUUCCAAUGAAAAUUAUCUUUGGCUGGGACAUUUGUCAAACAAAAAGCUCAAUCUGAAAGGUGGAGACAAAAUAAAUGUUUGUGCACGCUUUGUAGGACCAGCGACUACUGAUGAUAUUCAUCUCAGGGUGAAGAAAAUGGGGAUCAAUCUGGAAAAGGAGAAAUUAAUCAAGGAAUAUGCACUCGACUGUCAAUAUAUGCCAUAUUCAAGUGAGUGCAAAGAGGAAGGCAUUCAUAAGGCAGGACACAGUGAUGACUCGUCCCAUGAGAAUGAAUCCUGCAAAAGACUAAGGUCUGAUCCCAGUGUUGAAAGAAAUGCAGAAGAAGAAACUGAUAAAUCAUGCAAGAAGGAAGAACAAGGUGUUGUUAAAACCUUGUCAUAGAAAAUCUGUGAUGGUACAAGAUCCGGUGAAGGAAAAAGUGUACAACAUUUAAAGCAAACAAAGGAAGAGCAAAAGGAAAUAUUACAUUGGAGGGGGACUUUGCGUUUGAACCAGUAGGGCACCAUGCUCUGGAAGAACAUCGCGGAUCACAUCAGGUGGUACUUCAAACUACUCAAAACAAUCAACAACAGAUGAGGCACAUAUAGCUAGUCUAUGAGCGGUUGAAUUUGCCUUGUGGCACUGGAGUGUAUGUCACACCAGAUAUCUGAAAAAAGGUUAAAUUAGGAUAAAUUUUGUGUUCUCAUGAACUGUUUAAUUCGCCAGAUCGUUUAUUGAAACACAACUUUUAAGUCUUUAUCAAUUUGGUUUUUUUUUUUUUUUUUUGGUUGAAUAUCAACUCGGUUGGGUGUGUUUUGAAAUUUGAUCUUAUGGAAUAUUGAAUUUGAU